GUUAGCGUGUGGGAGGCGCGGCUGGGUUGCUACAGCCAGAGCUGGGCGGCGGCGGCGGCGGGCGCUGCCGGAGGAGCCCGAGGCGGUGCGCCAUGGAGGGGCUGGAAGAAAAUGGAGGUGUUGUCCAGGUUGGAGAACUGUUGCCUUGCAAGAUUUGUGGAAGAACAUUCUUUCCAUUGGCACUGAAAAAGCAUGGACCCAUUUGCCAGAAAACUGCCACUAAAAAAAGGAAGACUUUUGAUUCCAGCAGGCAGAGAGCUGAAGGCACUGAUAUUCCCACAGUCAAACCUCUUAAACCCAGGCCAGAACCACCAAAGAAGCCAUCUAAUUGGAGAAGAAAGCAUGAAGAAUUCAUUGCUACCAUAAGAGCAGCAAAAGGCCUUGAUCAGGCACUUAAAGAGGGGGGCAAACUUCCUCCUCCCCCUCCACCUUCUUAUGACCCUGAUUACAUUCAGUGUCCAUAUUGCCAGAGGAGGUUCAACGAAAAUGCAGCGGAUAGACAUAUCAAUUUCUGUAAAGAACAGGCAGCACGCAUUAGUAAUAAGGGCAAAUUUUCUGCUGAUCCCAAAGGAAAGCCAGCUUCUCGGCCACAGUAUAAGCCAUCUCCACUUAAAAAAUCAAAUUCUCCUGGGACUACAUCAUCAGGAUCUUCCCGACUACCACAACCAAGUACUACUAACAAAACUGUUGUAGGUGUGCCUUCGGGUAAAGCAUCUUCAGUUAACAGUUCUCUGGGAAACAAACUUCAGACCUUAUCUCCUUCUCAUAAAGCAAUAGCAGCCCCCCAGGCAGGUAAGAUGGACAAGUUAGGCCCUCCACUCCGAACUGGAAGACAUGUGCAAAGGUUGUAUGACAAUGAUACAAAGUCAGACAGUGCCUUCAAAAGACAUGAGUUAUUUCCAGUUUACAAAGGUAACAUCAAACCUCGAAAUACUACACCUCCUAGCUUGGCAAGAAAUUCUGGGGCUGGUGUGCUUACCAACAAAAGAAAAACGUUUACUGAGAGCUAUGUAGCCAGGCCAGAUGGAGACUAUACAUCUUCAGUUAAUGGUGGAAACAUUAAAGGCAUUGAGGGAAAUUCAUCUGGACACUUACCAAAGUUCUGCCAUGAGUGUGGGACAAAAUACCCUGUUGAGUGGGCAAAGUUCUGCUGUGAAUGUGGCAUUCGAAGAAUGAUUCUGUGAACAGAAUCUCACCGGUUGAGGGGCGAGGCUCAGAAUUUGAUGAUUAUUGCUGCUUUGACACCCAGGGCACUUCUUCUAGUUAGUUGUGCUAAAGCUAUUUACAGUACCCUUUCCCUUAGUCUGUGGAGCAUAGUCCUUUGGCUGUAUAAUGUGUUUGUAUAUAUUUGUAUGUAUGUAUAUAUAUUCUGUAUAUAAUAAAUCUGAUUUCUUCAACCUGUGCAUUCAAGGAAAUACUUAAGUACAUGUCAAAACCUAAGUUGAUAUGAGAUCAUUGUCUUGGGUAUUGCUCUUCAGUGGUUUAAACACAUUAGUAUACUUGCACAAGCACUCCUAUUCUAGUGAUGAGCCUUAUAAGCUUUAGCAUAACCGCAUCUCUGAACAAGAAAUCAGAAGAGAUGCUGUUGUUGAUGCCUGUGACCAGUAACAUCAUAGAGAAUGGGAUACUGGAGUUUCUGCUCUUAAGAGAAUGUUGUUUAGUCAUUAUCAGUUGAUGUGAAGUCAUUUUCCCAGCUGAACUCUUCAGCAGCUAGUGUUAAAUUCCAAAAAAAAAAAAAAAAAAAAAAAAAAA